CUCUUGUUCUUUGCCAAACUGAUGCCUUUCACCCACUUUCAUGUGAAGUGUCAGAAUCAAUCUAGAGUUGGAGACCAAGAAAAGAUGAAUCUUUACAAGCAUUGAAAUCCCACAGAGAAACUGUGAGAAGUUGAUUUAUUGCUCAUUUCUUUGAUUUUUCUUCAGUUCUGGGAUGAAUGAGCAGGUGGCACAGGCUUGGAGGUGUACAAGAUUCAAUUUUCAGGAAUUUAUUUGCGGAUUGGUAAAGGCGGGUUCUUAUCAUGACCAGGGCCACCAGGGGAGGUUAUUCAAAGGGUAAUGGUGCCAUAUAUGGUGGUUAUCAUGACAAAGAUGAGUGUAAAGCUAUCAGUGAUCAUCUUCGAAACCAUGUCCACUUGACCAAUUGCAUCCAUUUGAGGAACCAUAUGCAUAGGCAUAGCCCGGUGCUUGCGGAGAGAUCAUUAGUGAGGGACCUCAUUGUCCUCCAGAGGUCAAGGUCCCUCAGAGAUCCAUCCACUAGUCCUCUAUCAUGGCUCUCUCCAUCCAUUGUUGGUAUGUCAGGUAGACGACCUCUAAGGGAUGAUGGUUUGCCGCAUAGUGGGCGAAGAUCCCUGGUUGGUGAUGCAAAUUCACCAAGGGUUGCAAGUGUUUCUGCUUCGAAAGUUGCUGCAGUUGAAGAAGGUAGCAAUGACAAUACAGAGUUUAAGGUCAGGGAUAAUGAGUUAAGCAAAAGGGAACAAUAUGUGAGUAGACGAAAGAGUCAAAAGAGUAGACUUUCUAUUGGUAGUGAUUAUCCAUCUAAAGCAAGAGAUGAAGAACACUCUCACAAAGGUUCUUGUACUCAUAGUGUUCGCCUCAGAACUCUCGCUGAUAAAUUGGAAGGAGUUAGAAUUGAGGAGGAGGAUGAAAGGAGGAAAGCUUCUCAACUUUGUGAGCCCAGAAGACAUGUAGGAGAAGAGAAAUUAUGUGAGGCUCCAAAAGAAAAUGGUCAUGGCCAGUGCAAUGGUUUGAAGAGAAGAAAGAAAAGAAAAUUCAAAAGCGCAAGGAGAACAAGGGCUCCUACUGAUAAUACAAGAGGUAACAGAGGUGAUAAUGAUCAAUCAGUUGCCUCAAACUCCCUGUCUCAACAUCUGGUGCAUCAGAAGAGUCAUGCAGCAGAAAGACCAGAGGAGAACACAGAAGUGGAAGUGAAUCAGGCUCCUAGAAAUGGAUGUGGUAUCCCAUGGAACUGGUCAAGGAUUCACUAUAGAGGUAAAAGCAUUUUAGAUUUGGCAGGGAGGAGUUUGUCUUGUGGUCUAUCUGAUUCAAGAAUGAGGAAAGCUAAUGGUGCAACUCCGCAAAGAAAAGGUGACACUUCUAAUAUUCCGAUCGACUUCAAUCAUUUGAGUUCAUCUACAUACUCUGAUUCUGAAUCACUGCCCUUAAUUACUGAGCCACAUGCCUCUGAGGAUACUUCUGAAAACCCGGCUUUGGCACUGGACUACUUGAGGGAACGUGAACUUCAUGCCAGCCAUGCCUUAAGGCAUGGGCAAGAUCUGCUAGACCAUGGAUCCGAAACAAGGUCAGGACAUCAACAGACGUCUAGAGGUUCUUCUCUUGUUAGGCAUCGGUGCCUAACGCAGAAGUACAUGCCAAAGGCCUUCAAGGAUCUUGUUGGACAAAACUUGGCAGUGCAAGCUCUUUCAAACGCUGUUCUGAGAAGAAAAGUUGGAUUGGUUUAUGUGUUCUAUGGACCCCAUGGAACUGGCAAAACCUCUUGUGCUCGGAUAUUUGCCAAAGCUUUGAACUGCCAAUCUGAUGAACAUCUUAAACCUUGUGACAUUUGUAAAUUCUGCAUCUCACACAACCUGGGUAAGAGUAGAACUGUGAUUGAAAUAGGAUCGGUUGGGAACUUUGACAUCGGAGGCAUCAUGGAUAUCCUUGACAGUAGGAUUGCGUCGCCUCUGUCCUCGCAUUAUAGGGUCUUCAUUUUUGAUGAUUGUGAUACCUUGCCAACUGAUUCCUGGAGUGGUAUCUCAAAGGCCAUAGAUCGAGCACCCGGGCAUGUUGUUUUUGUCCUUGUCAGUUCAAAUCUUGAUAAGUUGCCUCAUCUAAUCAUAUCCAGGAGCCAAAAGUUCUUUUUCCCAAAGUUAAAAGAUUCAGACAUCAUUCAGACUUUACAGUGGAUUGCGACAAGUGAAUGUCUGGAAAUCGACAAGGAUGCUCUGAAACUCAUAGCAUCACGAUCUGAUGGAUCCUUGCGAGACGCUGAGAUGACACUUGAUCAGUUGAGUUUACUUGGGCAGAGAAUUACUCUUUCCCUAGUUCAGGAGCUUGUUGGCUUGGUUUCUGAUGAAAAACUGGUGGAUCUGUUGGACACGGCACUGUCUGCAGACACUGUUAGAACAGUGAAGAGACUAAGGGAGAUAAUGGAAACUGGUGUGGAACCUUUGGCAUUGAUGUCCCAACUUGCUGCAGUUAUUACUGAUAUUCUUGCUGGUAGUUAUAUAUUCACACAAGAAAGACUUCGUAGGAGAUUCUUCCGGAAACAAAAUUUAUCUAAUGAAGAUAUGGAGAAGUUGCGUCAGGCUCUGAAAACAUUAUCCGAAGCUGAAAAACAAUUGAGAAUGUCAAAUGACAAAUUAACAUGGCUUACAGCAGCUCUACUUCAGCUUGCGCCAGAUGAUCAGUAUAUGUUUCCAGUUUCCUCUCAAGAGACGAGUUUAAACCAUACUCCCACUGUGCUUAAUAAUGGUCAUCAGAGAGAUGUACCUAGAGAUUGCAGUAAUGCCUGGGAUGAGGUGUCUAGUGGUGGAAGGGGCUUGUCAAGAGAUAAUUGGCGGGAAAACCAAGUGGCAAGAAAUGCAAGUAAUGUAGCAUGUGAAAAUAGUAAGAUGAGCAACAAUUUGAUUAGAGCAAAGAGACAAACUGGUUCAACUCCUCAACAAAAAUUGAUGUUGUCAACUGAAGCUGCUAAAGUGAAUGGGGGAAAUGAUCAUGGUAAAAACCUGGGCAAUGAACAGCUGUGGGAGGCAGUGCUCGACCACCUUCAGCCAGAUGCAUUAAAGCAAUUUGUAUCUCAAGAAGGAAAGCUGAUUUCAGUCAAUUUAGGUGCCGCUCCUACUGUACAUGUGAUGUUCAGUUCACAAUUGCACAAGUCCAAAGCUGAAAAGUUCAGAGGCCAGAUUUUACAAGCAUUUGAGUGUGUUCUUUCUUCUUCAGUAACACUUGAAAUAAGAUAUGAAACUAGGAAAGAAUUUACCAUGAAUGCUCAUGCUCCAUUGGUCUUGCCUUCUUGUGAGAAUGGUUCCUCUCAAAUGCUGGUAAGACAAGGAUCUGUUGCCAAUCAAAGUUCUGUAGAUUCAAGAGCUGAAAAUUGCAUAAGAAAACUUUCAAAAGAAAGCACCACUCAGACCAAAGUAUUGUACUCUGAUUCCCUUGAAAUGAGACAUGGUGAGGUUAUAAAAAAUUCACAUGCCAAGGUGAUUAAUAACAUUCCAGAGCUCAACCGAAAAGAAUUAGAAAGUGGAUGGCUUGAAGAAGCAUCAUCUUCACAUCGGCAAGGUUCUUUAGAUCAUUCUCAGUCUGAAAGAAGGGAGAGUGGGGAACCGCAGAGACAAAGCAUAGUGCGAAGCAGAGUGUCCCUCGCGGAUGUUAUCCAAAAUGUAGAUGGAUGUGCACAAGGUGGUUGGUCUAGCCAGAAAGCUGUCUCAAUUGCUGAAAAACUUGAACAAGAGAACUUGAGACUGGAAUCUAGAUAUAAAAACAUGCUGUGCUGGAGAGUAUCUAGAAUUCCUCGACGGAAGCUCCGGCAAUGGAGAGUCAAGAAGCGGAAGCCGCAUUCUUUAUUGAAGCUUGUUACAUGCGGGAAAUGUCUAUCUGUGAAAUCCAAUCGGUAGAUUACUGUUUCAAUCGAUGAAAUUGUCAAAAAAAUGUACUUGUCUUCUCUGUAUCAUUGUAGUUGCUAACUUCUAUUAUUUCUUUCUUUUUUUCUUUCCUCCUUUUACCAUGUUAAUAAUUUUUUUUAGAAAUGGAAUACAUUGUUUAGAGAAUGGAGGAAUGAUAGAAAGGUGAACUUUUAUUCUUU